GCGACGAAGCUCGUCGCUUUCAAUGGCAGCCUUUUUUGCUGCACAAGCAAAAAAUCACACUCAGAAAAAUCGCACCAUCUCUUCUCUCUUCACUCUCCUUUUCCUCCUACUUCUCCUUCUUCUUCGGCUCUGAAUCCCAAAAACCCAUACUCCCCCGAAACCCUAGACACUAACAUUCCCCCCUUUUUUCAGCUACAUCAGUUCUAAGAUAUAGCUUCAAUUCAUGGCUUGGGAUCUCUGGGGUUCUUCAUACGACCAAGUUUCCUGCAAAGAUAAUUACUCUGAUCAUCCUGAGUGGCCAUAUGGCUUCUUCUUUGGCUGUGACCCUGAUGUGAUAGAGGAAGAUGCCUUGAAUGAGGAGUACUGUGUUCAGGUUUUAAGGAUUUUGAUCACCAAGGCAGAUACCGAAAUCAAGGAACUUGAAAAGGAUCUAUCGUCCCUUCAAAAUGAAUUAGCCUGCGCUGAGCAUGAGAAAUGGCCUGAAAUAUGUUGCAGUGCUUUGACCGAAAGAAUCAAUUGGCUGGAUGUUGCAAUUAGUGCUUUGAAGAAAGAUCAUGCUGAUGAAAUAGAGACAGGGCUGCUAUUACACAGUAAGCCUGCUGAGACACUUAAUGAGAUAGUGAAGGCUUUACAAAGGGAUCAUUGUCAAGAUGAAAACAGCCAGCAGCUAGUAGGUGCAAACCGCUUGAAUCCAAUUAUGAAUGCUACUAAGUGUGCACUAGAUAAAGAGUCUAGCCAAAUUAAUUCGAAUAUAGUGAUAAAGGAGGAAAAGAAAGAGCAAGAAGAAUCUAAAGAACAUGAGGAAAGUAAACAACUCUGUGGAACUUCGGAAAAGUCUAGAAACUCGUCAGAACUGUCAGAGAUGCAACAAAAGAGACGGGAUGGUGCUGAAAUCGUUGACAUUGCUGAUAUGGUUGAGGAAUUGCUUGCAGGGACAAGUCUUGAUUUGGAAGGUAUGAACUGUUCUUCUGGACUUUCUGAUGGGAUGAAAUUAUCAGGGACAUCAGAUGAUAACGAGGAAGUCGGAAGAAGCCAACUCAUUGGUACAGAUACAGGUCAAAUCUCCAAUCAGCUUUCCCCUGUGGGAAAUGGAAAUACUUCCAGUGAAUGCAAGAGAGAGGUUGCAAUUGUCAAAUCUACGGAUGUCAGCUCAGAUGCUCUUAUAUCUUCCACCAGCAUCAAAGGGAGGAAAAAGUGUAACGAUUCCAAAUUUGGUGCUUCAAAUAAAUGGAAAGAUAGAAAUUCUGAUUUAGAGAAAAAACUGUGUGAUUUUGCUCCAAAAACUCGAAAAGUCGUCAAGAAAGAACCUGAGGUUGCUACAGCUGAAGAUUUGGACCCUAUAAAUCAUCCUCUACAAAUUGUGUUUCCUCGAGACUUGUUUCCUGUUGAUACUGAAUUGAGCCCCUUUAAAGGAGGUAAUGGUAAAAUUUCCCAAGUGAUUAACAUUGAAAAGUCCAAUCUUACUCAUGCUCAAAGUUCUGCAUUGAUUGCACUGCUUGAGUCACAAACCAGAAAUGCCCCGUACACUGGCUUACAGCUGACAGAUAAAGAGAAACCACUAGCAGAAGGUCUUAAAACGACGAAAAUUUUUGAGAACUUGGCACAGUCUGAUAUGAGCUUCCCUUCGAAGCUUAAAACUGAGGGAAAGAGGAGAUUUGAAUCUGAGACGACUUCUGCUGGCGAACCAGAUGCCAUCCCUGCAGAAGUAUCCACAAGUACAUCCUUAAUUGUGUCAACCAAGAGGCAGCGGAAAUCCACACGCAUCAGCAUCACUGAUGAUACCAGUUCAAAUGUCUCAUUGAAUAGCAAGAUGACAAGAAGUGCAGUACUGGCUGAGCAAUAUGAAACUGAAGUUGGUGCUAUUGUUCCUUACGACAGUGAAUUUUCGGAGUCACAGAAGAAAAAAAAAGGUUCAAAUGUUAAGAUGGACAAGCCAAAUCCAGAUGGGGUUACCACAGACAACAGAGGCGAGGUUGAUCUUCAGAUUUUGUACUCAAUGGUUGGUUCCACCCAUGAGACCCCAGAUUCUCUUCUUGAGACUUUGAAGAAAUUCACAAUGGAUAAAUUGAGGGCCAUGGCAAAGGAUAAAAACGUGAAAAAGUACUAUAAGCUUAACAAAGGAGAGUUGGUCGCACAGCUAGUUGAGCGGCUCAGUAGCAGUAACUGCUGAACUUAAUCUUGUAGUAUUGGGCUUAUUGGGGUAACCAUUUUCUGCCUUGCUUUUUUUUAGGAGGGUUUUGGUACAGGAACUGAAAAUAGGGUUCUGACAUAGUGAUGAAAUAACAAAUAGGCAAACCAAAAUGGAUAUUGUGAAUUGUACAGCCUAUAGAUAGAAUACUAGGAGUAUUUUGUAAAUGAAAGGAAGUAUAGGUUUUCUUCCUUGCAGCUUUGUUUAGUCUGUGACCUUAGAGGAGGCCUGAGGCUCUGGUGAGAUAUAUCACAGUCAUGUGCUGCUAAGAUCUAUUAUGAUGAUAUAUAAUAUAUAUCUGAAUACGGGAAACUAUGACGUUUGUCUUAUCUCUCAAGUCACUAGCUAUGCAAAGAUUGUGUUUGCUUCAUAAAGCAGCCAUAACCACAACACAUGUUCAACCUGGAGAAGUAAUAGCAUCCUCUCUGAAAAUAUUUAUUGAUGUUCAUGAAGAAUGUGUUUGGUAUUUAAUUAUUUAUGACUAUUAGAUAGAUA